AUCAAAGUUCAACUUUUAAUUUUUAAAAAUCAGCUCAAACAACAGCUGGACAUACCCCGCGGAGAAUAAAAAAAGAACAACAACAACAAAUCCCUUUUCAGGAUAAUCAAAAUUCUUUUAAUUUAAAUUAUUCACAAAUGAAUGGAAAUAAUAAUUCUUUUGAGGAAGUGCCUUUUCAGCAGAAACAACAACAAUCUCCAAUAGUUAUUGAGGAAGAACAAACAACUUUAUUUGGAAUUAGAUCAAUUCUUAUUAACGGGCAACGUUUCUUUCAACCCUUGGAUAUACCUUCUUCCAAUCAAAAUCAACAAAGAAAUCAACAAACAUCAGCAGCUUUAGUUUUGGCAUUAAACGGGAAUAAUAAAAAUAAUGGAGAGCAUAAAACAACGUCCCUCGUUAUUAACGGGAAUGGAAGAAUAAAUUCUGAUUUUAACCAACAAAAUCAGAAUUUUAAUGAUAGAAUAGAACAAUCGAGUAAUUAUUCAAUUCAAAAUGGAAACAAAAUAGAUGAAUUUUUAACUAAUAAUUUUACACCGUCUUUACCAAAUAAUGGACAUAAUAUCAUCCCAAAUUUACAAUCAACUUCGAAAAAUAAUUUUGUUGAACGUCAAAACUCCACUUUACAACAAAAUAAUUUAACUGAUACUGUACAAAGAGAGAAUAAAGAGGAGGAGGAAGGAGAGAAUGAUAAUGUUCUUCCUUGGGCAAGGGGAUGUCCUCAACCUAAAAGUGGACAGAGAGGUUCUCGAAGUUGGAUGGAAGGAAAUGAAAUGAUUAAAAGACAUGGAAGCGCCUUUGAACGUUCAUUUGCAGCAACAUCUUCAACUGUCAGUUGGCCUCCCCCAAUACCCCAAUUACCCGAAAGAAUUGUAGAACAAAAUUUUCAGCGUUCAGCAUCAAGUAUAGCUCCAUUAUCUAAUAUAAGUGCAACAGAAAGACAUAGACUUGAAUUGUUACAUCAAAUAGAAGAAAAUAGAAGGAGACGAGCUUUGGAAAAACAAAAAGAAUGGGAAAUGGAGGAAAGGGAAAGGAUUAGAGAUGAACGUUGGCGAGAACGUCAGCGUGCAGAAAUCGAAGCAGAAAAACGUGCGGAACGUGAAAAGGCCUUAGCUGUAGAACGUAAAGCCGCUAAGCUUGCAGCAGCCCAAAAAGCGACGGAAUUAGCACUACGUGAAGAAGCACAAAGAUUGGCUGAGGCUAGAGCUCAAAGAAGGCGGAAACAAUCAGGCUCAAAUUUCUCGGAAACAGUUGAAUCUGUCAGUGAUCGUAGUCGCCCAAUAAGUCGUCAAAUUCCCGUUGGUAAUAAAAAUAGAAAUAUUGGAGAAGAGAUUGAUAGAAAUAAAAAUGAGACAGAGGAGGAAUGGUGGGAAAGGAAGAACAGCAUAUAUGCAGAGAGAGUGGCAGGUUCAGCUCGUAACAAUAAUCGCCCUUCCUCUUUUCGUGGAAGGCAACAAUCCCCUGUAGUUCCAGCAUUAAGAAAAAGAUUAAUGGAAAAUGGAGAAAAUCAGCAACAACAAGAAUUAAUACAAACACAACGCUCAAUGAGUGUAGGUAGUCGGCCUGGAAGUAGGAGAAGCAGUGUUUCUUCUGCUUUUGGAAGAGCAAGCCGGCAUGCUUAUACUCCUUCAGUUGAAAAUCGAAAUAACUCGAAUUCAAUUAAAAAUGGGAUUGGAAGGAGCAGAAAUGGUAAUAGAACUGACGUGAAUUGA